UCGCAAUUUUCUCUGAAAGGUCACGAGUGCAACUCUGUUCACCAGACGGCGUUGAAUGUUUUGGAAGUCGUCUGAGCGUAGUUUACUUUAGAAUAAAACGUGGUUGUGAGACUUUAAACUUUGUUCGGUUGCCGACACGGACAAGUUGACCACAAGCUAACUUGCUAAGCUGCGCGUGUUUAGGACUCGGAGGGAAUGGAGAAGGCUAAACAGGAUGCAUUCGAUAACGCCAGGCUUCAAAUGAUCAAGGAUGGCUAUGAGAGGGCUUUUGAGUGCAUCAACAAAGGACUCACAGCAGAUGAGGCUGGAGACAAGGAGGCAGCCCUGGAGUUCUACAAGCAAGGCCGAAAGCACCUCCUCAGGGCCAUCAGCGUGCCCUCCGUCGGAGGCGAGUGCGUUGGCAGCUCCUGGGAGUCGGCCAGGCAGAUGCAGCACAAGAUGCAGGAGACGCUGAACAGCAUCACCACCCGCCUCGCCAUACUGGAAACCAGCUCUGACGAUGAGUCUGCCGCCACGCCGAGCUCUGCAGAAGGUCUCCACGCGAAGCUGGCCACCAAGGAGAAACCAGAGGGACCAACUACACCGCACCUCCGUUCCAGGGUCGGAGCAGCUGGAGCUGUAGGAGGCAUGGCUGCAAACUGCCCACCCGUGGCCCCCGCCGAGCAGCCUCCAGCUUACUCUCCUCAGGCAGCCGACGGCCACACGUCCAUCUCGUUUGGGACAGAAUCAGGGGAAAUGUCGGUGGUCGGAGAAGGGUUCUACACCCGGACCAACUCGACUCCGUCUCCCCAGAGCGUGGGUGAGGACGGAGAGGAGCUGUUGUGCAUUCCACAUGGUGUUCAGAUCUUCUUCGUCACACCCGAGGGCCAAGUGAGUGCUCCUUCAUACCCAGGCUACCUGCGGCUGGUGAAGUUCACCGGCGAUCACCCUGAGACGACGCCCAAUCGACCGCCAGCAUUUCUGCAGGUGUGUGACUGGCUCUUCCCUCUCAUGGCCAUGGACUCCCCAGUGUUGCUGUGUAACACCGGGGUCUUUAUGUUUCCCGACAUGAUGGCUCCUGGUCCAGGCUACUACGUGGGGGUGGUGUUGUCCUCCGAGCUGCCUGCUGCAGACAGAAGUGUGUUUCAGGACCUGCUGUCCCAAAUGACAGAUCUCAGGGUUCAGCCUCCAGAUGAAGCUGCAGACGCCCUCAACCUCAGUCAGAAGGUCUCCAUCCCCACACCUGAGGAGACCGAGCGAAAACCAGCCGAGACCGAGGAGGACAAGGCGCUGCCGGAAUGGAGUGAAAAGGUGGCGAGUGGAAUCUUGACAGGUGCGUCCUGGUUAAGUUGGGGCUUGGUGAAAGGUGCCGAGUACACGGGAAAGGCCAUCCAGAAAGGAGCGUCCAAACUCCGAGAACACAUCACUCCAGAGGACAAGCCUAGCAGCGUCAGCCCCACCGUCACUAAAAGCCUCCACGUGGCCAAGCAAGCAACGGGAGGAGCUGUUAAAGUCAGCCAGUUUUUAGUGGACGGGGUGUGCGCUGUCGCUGGCUGCGUGGGUCGAGAGCUGGCUCCUCACGUGAGAAAACACGGAGGCAAGCUGAUUCCCGAGUCCAUGAAGAAGGACAAGGAUGGACGUUCUAACAUAGAUGGAGCCAUGGUGGUGGCGGCCAGUGGAGUCCAAGGGUUUGCAGCUGUGUGGACUGGUUUGGAAGUAGCAGCCAAAGACAUCACCAAAAAUGUCGCAGCAGAAACUGUCACCACCAUAAAACACAAAUUUAGGGGUCUACAAAACAUCCCUGACACACCUAAUGAGAGGGAGUGUAAUUCUUCUUAGCUGCGCACAGCUGUUACUUUCACCACUAACUACAGAUACACUCUAUUUCCCUUUUUUUAAAAUGAUGCACCAAUCCACCCCCACCUCAUUAAUUCACCUUUGAAUGCUGCUUUCACCAACUUCUAAAUAUGUUUCUAAGGAAAAUCUCCCAGUUGCUAAGAUUACUUUCCUGCCUGAUCUUAACAUCCUCUUAUACCCUAUGAGCUGAUGUUGGAUGUCCUGAUAACUGCCAAAUAUGAAAUAAAAUGGGUUUUCUAGAGUUAUAAAAUUAUAAAUAAUAAUAAUGUGGUCAAAUAUAUUUGCAUUACCAUUCUCUCUUUUAUUAUAUCUGGUUGUAUUUGGGUUUUGUGGGAAUCAAUUACCAGGACAUCAUUUGUGUAAAAACAGGUUUAAUUUUGACUGCUUUUGUUCCAUUUAGCAAAUUUGAAAUCUAAUUGUUUGCCUUUCAGACUGGGCACAUGCACGGGUGUAAUUCUCAUAUUUCAGCAUGACAUAUUUGCAGUCCUUGUGCUCCAUAUGGAUUAAUUUUCUAACCUGUUUACGCUGACCUCCUCCCCAACCUGACUCUGAUCCUGACUCUGAAGGUACGGGGCGGCAGCAGGACAGGCCACGGACAACGCCGUCAAUUCUGCCAUUAAUGUCGGCAUCACUGCCUUCAACAUCGACAACCUGGGGAU